AUGAACGCCAUCAACGGUGGUUCCUACCACGGCCCCUCCCAAAUGUCUCUUAUAGACGUCAUCUUUCCCGGUUUCAGUAUAGCCUCUGCCUCCGCACACCAGCUGCUUGCUGGUAACCUGGACAGCUACACCCGACUUUUUUGUGCUUUCGGGAUGUUUGUCCUCUUCGCCCGCUAUGCAGUCCGCUAUGUUUGGGAAAUAUUUGAAGCCUCCACAAUUUAUGUCUCAUACUACGACGAAGCAUACGAUAUGCUAGUUGAUUGGAUAGCUGACCAACCGUUUGUCCACAAUGCCCAUUCAUUGAUUGCUCGUGUGAGAUCCACACAGCGGACCAGCAACCUCUAUUCAACAAAGAAAAAGCCUCUGACUUUUUCUCCAUGGGAUGGAUCAUUUCUUUUCUGGUAUAAGGGACAUUUGCUCGUUCUUCACUGCGAUGUUAAAGAGCAUCGAGAGGAUCUCCGAAUCUCCUCUAUUGGUCUCAAUGCCAACAUCCUGAAAAGUCUGAUCGAAGAGUGCCGAGAAAAAUAUAUCAAGGACACCCAGAGAAAGGUCUCUGUCUUUGAGCACCGUGAAGGUGAGUGGAAGAAAGCCAGGUUGAGACCAGUGCGACCUAUCUCCACAGUCAUCAUGGACAACGAGGUAAAGGAUGACAUAUUAAGAGAUGUGGACGAGUUUCUCGACCAAGAUAUGCAAGGCUGGUACGCAGAACGGGGAAUUCCCUACAAACGAGGCUACCUUCUCUUUGGCCCCCCUGGAACCGGGAAAUCCAGCUUCAGUCUAUCACUUGCAGGGAAACACGAACUGGAUAUUUAUACGCUUCAACUAUCGAAUAUUUCAGACACCACGUUAAUGAGGCUUUUUGCUGAGCUUCCGCCACGUUGUAUUGUUCUCUUAGAGGACGUGGAUACUGCUGGGGUGGGACGUCGGGGCAGCGUCGACACAGACCAAGAAAACGAGUCAAAGUCCGCAGUCACCCUAUCCGGACUUUUGAAUGUGCUUGAUGGUGUCUCAUCUCAAGAGGGCCGGAUACUCAUUAUGACCACGAAUCACAUCGAGCAUCUGGACGAAGCACUGAUUCGGCCUGGCCGUUCAGACAAGAAAGUUCAUUUCAAACUUGCCGAUCAGAAUAUUUCGACUCAGCUCUUCCACACAGUUUUCAAGCAGUUGCCGAAUCAAAAGCAAUGCAACGAGGAAUAUGACGACGAGACGAUCGACGGGCUUUCUCGUGAUUUUGCCAGCAAGAUGCCCGAGCAAGUUUUCAGCCCAGCAGAAGUUCUAUCAUUUCUUUUGGAGCGUAAGAAGUCGCCCUAUGAUGCUGUUUCCGGUGUGGAGAGCUGGGUGGCGAAAACAAGGCAUUGA